GCUCUAGGGUUUUGGCCGAGCUCCCAGUGUGCAGCAGUCUGUUGAGCCAGUAGGGAAGAAAGAGGCCGCCGGAAGAUGAAGACGAUUUUGUCAUCCGAAUCCAUGGAUAUCCCUGACGGCGUGACCGUGAAGAUUCACGCCAAGGUCAUCGAGGUAGAGGGGCCUCGCGGCAAGCUUGUCCGUGAUUUCAAGCACCUGAAUCUGGAUUUUCAGCUGAUCACCGACGAAGAAGGCAAGAAAAAGCUGAAGGUUGAUGCCUGGUUCGGGUCUCGAAAGACUUCGGCCGCCAUCAGAACUGCUCUCAGUCACGUUGCAAAUCUCAUCACCGGCGUCACGAAAGGCUACCGUUAUAAGAUGAGGUUCGUGUAUGCACAUUUCCCAAUCAACGCAUCCAUAACUAACAGCAACAGGUCCAUUGAGAUCCGUAACUUCCUUGGCGAGAAGAAGGUGAGGAAAGUGGACAUGCUUGAGGGAGUCUCUAUUGUACGAUCUGAAAAGGUGAAGGACGAGCUUGUACUGGAUGGAAAUGAUGUGGAGCUGGUCUCUCGCUCUGCGGCUCUGAUUAACCAAAAGUGCCAUGUCAAGAAUAAGGAUAUACGCAAGUUUCUUGAUGGAAUCUAUGUGAGUGAGAGAGGCACUGUACUGCAAGAAGAUUAGAGGAGUAUUUGAAUGGUUUUCCUGCGAUGAAUUAUGAGUAUAGCGCACUAUAUUUGGUGUUAGUGAUAGAUGAAGAAUGAACAUUAGUUUUCUGGGGUUUGUUCAUGCCUAUUUAGGUUAAUAUUUGAUAAAAAGGCACAAAGCAUUCACUGCACUUGUUAAUUUGAAUUUGAUGAGGAAUUUGAGUAGUUUCUUUUUAGUUUUUGAAAAUUCUUACAUCCGCGUGAUAGUGCUCUGUAUUGGGAAGGAAAUGUGUUCAGUUAACGCGUGCAUAUUUGUUGAGUUAUGGUUGAGAAGUGAAUUGACAUGGGUUUA